UGAUAACGCAACAAAGGAAUCACUCUCCGGCUGUCUCAUUCAAAAUACAACCAUGGAUCUGCAAGAGAAUCGAGAACGCAUGCGCCGCGGCGAGCUGUAUCAUGCGUUCGUCUCCGAUCUUACAGCCGAUCGAGCGCGUUGCGCCAGUGCCUGUCGCCGUUUCAACAAUGCGGGCGACGUGUCCCGACGACAGUCCCUGGAGUUGUGGAAGGACAUUGUGGGUGAUACCACCCCUCUCCCGCCUGCCAGUCAGGAUCCCGCCGAGGAUGACAAGCUCUUAGAGAAGCAUCCUUGGAUCGAGCCUCCCAUUCGCAUGGACUACGGGUACAACGUGAAAGUGGGAGAAGGCGCCUUCAUCAAUUUUGACUGUGUCAUUAUCGACACCUGCUUGGUGACCAUUGGUGCGCGCACCUUGUUCGGUCCCAAGGUUAGUCUUUAUAGCGGCACGCACCCUCUUGAUCCGGCCGUGCGCAACGGAACGGAAGGUCCAGAGUCGGGGAAAGAAAUCCAUAUUGGUGAGGAUUGCUGGCUCGCAGGGAAUGUGACUGUGUUGCCGGGAGUGACGAUCGGAAAAGGUGCGGUUAUUGGAGCUGGCAGUGUGGUGACCAAGAUAUAUCAUAAAAAGGAAUCUGCCGACUCGGCACAAGUCACACAAGCAUUCUUCUCUGGGUUCCCCGACGCACAGGGUUGGGGGGGUUUGGUUAAUUCACUAUGA